AUGGCUGAUGAAAGCGUUUCUAAAAUCCAUAUUGCCAUAAUUGGCGGAGGUCUUGCCGGAGCAACACUCGCGAACGCCCUCAUACAAAUUCCACAUUUUGAUAUUCAUGUAUACGAGUCUGCCCCAAGUUUCUCGGAGCGCGGCGCAGCUAUUGGGCUAGAUACAAAUGCGCAGCAAGCACUAGAACAUAUACUUCCAUCGGGAUCACAGGAGCUCUUGAAAAGAGCAGGAGCAGUUCCCUUGAAUUCUGUUCGUAGCGUUGUGGGAUCAGGACCAAAUGCGGGCCAAAUCGUUAUGGACUCCUCUGGUGAUGAUUCCGGUGUGAUUGUCCACCGAGCUUCAUUACUUCGUGAACUUAUUGCGCCAUUGCCCAGCAAAUCUCUAUUUACUAAUAAGAAACUUGAUACAAUCAAGCCCUCACUUUCUACAGGCACUAUCAAAGUCAAAUUUCAAGACGGAGACACGAAAGAAUUUGAUGCGGUAGUUGGCGCAGAUGGUAUCUUCAGCACGGUACGCUCGUACGUUCUUCAAGAUGAAGCCGACAAAUUUGCCGCAUCACAGGCAGGCUUUUGGGAUUGCAGGUGUCUGGUGCCAAUCGAGAAAGCAAAAGCUAUGCUCGGCCCCGAACUAUUCACAUUCCAUCGGCAAUAUGGAUGGGUUGGAGAUGGUAGUUUUAUAAUGCACGAUGUCCUUGAGAACGGGACUAUGGUGCAAUGCGUCAUAUCAGCUAUUGAACAUAUUAAUCAUACACCAACAAAGGACAGAAAACGCAUGCUAAGCCGGGAGACCUUGACACAAACACUGAAGAACUGGCUCGAUGGUCCAAUAGCGAAUGGAAUAAUAGAGCUUGCGCUUGAUCAAGAAGAACUACAUGGUUACUCUCAAUGGGAACACAAAGCUACCCCGACCUAUGCGAAUGGUAAUGUGUGUGUGAUCGGCGACGCCGCCCAUGCCACAACACCAUGGCAAGGAUCGGGUAUAGCUAUGGCUUUUGAGGAUGUCAUGGUUCUCCAGGAGCUUUUUAAAAACAUCACAUCUUCCGCAGAAGUAGCUACGGCAUUCAAGGUUUACGAUAUGAUCAGAAGGCCACGCUGCCAAAGAAUCAUAGAUUCUAGUCGGGGAACUGGGAUGGUUCUUUGCGGACAGGAUACGUAUGCUGGUCUUGAUCCCGAGAAGCUGCGAGAAGCCUUGGCACACAGAUGGGAUUUUAUUGUUGGGCUGGACUUAGACGCGCAUAAGAUAGACGCGUUACACAAGUUCAGGGAGAUACAGCAAGGUGGUACGAGCUAA